UUUUCCGUGAGGUUGGCAAAAUGGUUUGUUGCGCGAGGUUGGUCCCACUGGAGCGUGAGGCCAGGGCAGCGGCCAUCUUUGCUAUUGUUUGUGUUUACAGUUUACGCCCUUUGUGGCGCUCGCCUAUCCAUUGAGGCUUGUUUCGCGUUUCUAUUUGGCAUUGAACCAUGUCGAUUCCUCUAUUUCCGAGUUUGAGACCGAACCUGAUGAGUCCGUUUUGGGGCGAGCUCGACCCACCCAUUGACGAAGAAGCCGAAAUCCUCCAGCUUGAGCGAGAACAGCGAGAGUGGAAAGAUGAUGUGAGUCAGAUGUUUGCCAAUGUUGUACCAAUCGGUAAAGUAAAUCAAGACGCUGAUGAUGACGACUUGGAUGACAUGGGAGAUGAUGAGGAUGACACUACCAGUAGUGAUGAUGACGAUGAUAUGGAUGAUGACAACGGGAUGUUCCGCAUCCAUGAUAAUCUCAGCCCUAGUCCUGAUGUUGCUGCAGCAGCCGCUGCCGUGGCUGCUGCUGCCACUGCUGCAGCUGCAGCUUCUGUAGCAGUCGGAGGCUUUGCUUCCACAUCUUCAGUUAUCUCUACUCUAUCUGCUCCUGUGGCAGGAGAUGAUUCCUCUGAAUCUUCAUCUUCAUCUGAAUCCUCAGUGACUGUUACUCUAAAUAGAGUUGGAGGUGAAAGCACAACAACCAGUCCUGGAGAUCCCUCCAUACUCACUACACGUCCAGCAGCUCGACCUGCGCGAAUGAUAGUGGGCACGCACAUCCCUGCACCACGCCCUGGCAUGCCUCAGCAACCUGUGCGUUUGGCAUAUAUUAGCACAACCCACCAACCAAGCCGUCGACAGCAGAGUAACUCAGGAAGCGUUUCACCUACUAGUCGGGCCUACAUUGAUGCUGCUAUGCAGUCCUCAAUUGCACAAUUUAAUCGUGAUAUUCCAGAUGAUGAAGAUGAUACUGAUGAUGAUAUUCCUGACCGUGCAGCUCCAACUCAAUCACAGCGAGCUGGACGGUCUCAUUCCUCCCGGCCAUUCCCAGGGCCUGUCUCUGAUCAUUUAAGCCGCUACCAACAAAUGAUGGCUGCUGGACACAUUCGUCCUUCGCUCUCCAGCACUCAGAUUGAUAGUCUAAUAGAGUCAAUGCACCAAAGGGCACAUGCUGCUCGAGGUGCUGCUCCCCUCCUUCCUUCAUCAACUAUUACUGCUGAGGCUGCAACAGGAUCUAAUCAUGAGUCUGACUCAGACAGCAGCUCAGUAUCUCAUGAAGAAGUCUAAAUCUAAACCAUAUGGGUUUGCUGUUCAUUUUGUAAAUAUAUCAAGUGUAAAUAAUCAUAUUUAUUUCUGUGCUCAUUCUGUGAUGUCUGUGCUUUUUAUUCAUUUUAGUUUUGUGAUAUGAUGUGAUCUACUUACAUUUUAGAACCUUACUUCCAAAAAUAUUAUUUAUGGAUACAAAACAUUUACCUAGUCAAUGUAGGUACUUCAUCAUUAGAAGUGUAGAUAGUUUAAAUCACGAUACAUGCAAUCAUUUGAUCAAUUUUAAUUUGUCUUUUUAACUUGAUCUAUGGUACUGUAUAAUUGUUUAAGAUUCCCCUUAUGAUAGAUUGCUGUUUGUAUACCACUGAUAUUAAGUGACUUUGUGCAUUAUUGUUAUGGCAGAAGUCAGUACAAACUAUUUAAAAAAUCCAAAGAAAGAAAUGUAAUUUACAUUUGUCAGUAUGCAAAAACUGAAAUGUGCUGUAAAAAUCAUCUUUUAUGUUUAAUUUAACCUUUUCUUGCCUGUGCAUGGCAUAAAGCUCCUUUUUAUGUGUGUUUGUCUACAUCAGUUUGUUUUUUUUCGUCAAAGCACAAUAUUAAAUCCAACUUAAGUACAGUACAGUAUUGAAUUGUGUCUAGUCCCAAUGCUCUUUUUUGUUAAAGUUUUUAAAUUUAAAAUAACAGUAGAAAUGUGUGAAUAAGAUUUUUUUGAUCCUAUCCAUUGCUGUAAGUCAACGCAUAAUUUUUAAAUAUUUGUUUUGUAUGACUGACCUAGAUUAAGGUAUGAAGGGAUGUGUGGCUUCAGUAGAACAACCCUCUUUAUAUGUUUAAAAUGAGACAGAAUGAAGCCUCCUGAAUAUUAUCUCCCAGUGGGUUCAUUUUCAGGCUUUAACUUCUUAGUUGGUUUUUAGUGCUAAAUAAUUGCUGUCACAACCUACAAAAUAUGUUAUUCAUCUCUAUGAUGCUCUGUUUGUUUUAUUGUAAAACUUGUAAAUUUGAAUGGGAAAUGAGAACCCAGCUUUUGAGAGGAAAGCUUCAAAUAUAAUUUCAGAGUGAGAGUUGUCUGAAAAAUUUGUUUCCUUUUUUGUAUUGAUAGCUUCUCUGUAAAACCUAUGUGAUUUUUUUUUACAUUUUUGGGGAAAUGUUGUGUAUUGCAUUGAAGUCCCUGUCUUAUUGUUUUAUUUGACCGCAUCUUCAAAAAAAAUAUACUAAAAAAAAACCUUUUUUUUAGCAAAA